GACCAGGCCCGGCUUCCAGUUGUAGACGCGCGGGGGAGGGGGUGCAGUCACGUGGGCCGCGGGCGGCAAGACUCGCGGCUCCGGGCGCCCGUGGCCGUCGGCUCCCGCUCCCGCCGCCCCUGCCCUUCGCCCGCGCCGCUGCCAGGUGCGCUGCGGUCAGGUGGCUCUGGACGCGCCAGGCUGGGGCCGCCUCUGAGCGCCCCGCGGGGGCCAUGGAUGGCGAGAUGGGAGAGGAACCGGGGGGCGCGUUGCCCCCGCCAGGUGCACCUUCCGGCCCCGGCCAGGCGGGCGCCCCGGCCCUCGCGGGGCGGCGGGAGCCCAAGAAGCACGCAGUGACCGAGGACUACCAGUUGUCCAAGCAGGUGCUGGGCCUGGGCGUGAACGGCAAGGUGCUGGAGUGCUUCCACCGGCGCACGGGGCAGAAGUGCGCCCUGAAGGUCCUGUACGACAGCCCCAAGGCCCGGCAGGAGGUGGAGCAGCACUGGCAGGCGUCGGGCGGCCCCCACAUUGUGCGCAUCCUCGACGUGUACGAGAACAUGCACCGCAACAAGCGCUGUCUGCUCAUCAUCAUGGAGUGCAUGGAGGGUGGUGAGUUGUUCAGCAGGAUUCAGGAGCGUGGCGACCAGGCUUUCACUGAGAGAGAAGCUGCAGAGAUCAUGCGUGAUAUUGGCACCGCCAUCCAGUUCCUGCACAGCCAGAAUAUCGCCCACCGAGACGUCAAGCCCGAAAACCUGCUCUACACGUCCAAGGAGAGAGACGCGGUGCUCAAGCUCACCGACUUCGGCUUUGCCAAGGAGACCACCCAGAAUGCCCUGCAGACACCCUGCUACACUCCCUAUUACGUGGCUCCUGAGGUCCUGGGUCCGGAGAAGUAUGACAAGUCAUGUGACAUGUGGUCCCUGGGCGUCAUCAUGUACAUCCUCCUGUGCGGCUUCCCGCCCUUCUACUCCAACACGGGCCAGGCCAUCUCCCCGGGCAUGAAGCGCAGGAUCCGCCUGGGCCAGUACGGCUUCCCCACCCCCGAGUGGUCAGAGGUCUCCGAGGACGCCAAGCAGCUGAUUCGCCUCCUGCUGAAGACGGACCCCACGGAGCGCCUGACCAUCACGCAGUUCAUGAACCACCCCUGGAUCAACCAAUCCACGGUGGUGCCGCAGACCCCGCUGCACACGGCCCGAGUGCUGCAGGAGGACAGGGACCACUGGGAUGACGUCAAGGAGGAGAUGACCAGUGCCCUGGCGACCAUGCGCGUGGACUACGACCAGGUGAAGAUCAAGGACCUGAAGACCUCGAACAACCGGCUCCUGAACAAGCGAAGGAAGAAGCAGGCGGGCUCCUCGGCCUCGCAGGGCUGCAACAACCAGUAGCUCCCGGGCCUCGGAGCCUGCGGGACAGACUGCAGGGGCUGAGGCCCGACACAGAGGGCCCAGGUCAUUUUUUUUAAAACACAAGGACUAUUUUGCUGUUUUAAUUUGCCACUUGGAACUUUAGGAGGGGGGACCGUGGCCCCAACCUCCUGCAGCCCCAGUGCAGGCCCUGGCCUGAGAGGGCAGAGCCUGGGGCCGGGGAGCCACCCUGCUGCCGCAGUGCCUUCUCUCUGAUGCCCUGCCCUGGCCGUGCCUUAGACUUCUAGGCCAUGGGAGUUGUGGCUGGGCUUCCCUCCUACUAUGAAAAUGCCCCCCUGUGGUGUGGGCAGAUGGGCCUGGCCUUGGGAAAGGCAUCUGGCCAUUGGUUGCCAUGGUGACCAGGGACAGAGUUGCUGUCUGUGAAUGCUGUGAGUGAGUGCACAAGGGAGGGAGAAGGGGCAAUUGAGGGUCGGUCUGCCUUUGCCUUCGGGGGAGGCUGUCUUUCUCCCACGCCUGCCCCCUCACUCUCCGCCUCUCUGGUCUCCCAGAGGCCGCAGGCUCAGCCAGCCUGCCUCCCGGGGUGGUCCCCGUCUUGCACCCCAAUCCCACAGGGCCCUUGGGGCUCCUCCUUCCCAGGCCCUGGCCCAGCCCUCCCGUUACCCCCCUCCCCAAGGAGUGGCCUCUCAUCUCAGCGGAGGGUGGGAGGUAUUUUUAACACUUUUCUACUUUGGAAAAUGUCACUGUGACAAAAGCCAGUUCCUCUGCUCCCGGGAUCCCAGGCCGGAGAGCCUCUCCCCAUGAUGGUUCAUUCUCCGCCUGCCCUGGGGGCUCGGGGCCUGCAGUGGGAGUGGAUGGCUGCGGGCGGGGCCAGGAGGCUCCCUGUUCUCAUCAGGGGUCUCUCUCUCUCUCUCUCUCUCUCUCUCUCUCUCUCUCUCUCUUUUUUAUUUUUCCUAGAGAGAGUGGAAGGGAGGGUAGCGGGAGAGAAAGAAACAUCAAUGUGAGAGAGACACAUCGAUGGGUUGCCU